CUGAGGAGUGUCUGGAACCUGGGGUGAGAGUGGGAGCGUAAGGUGAGCGGGGCUGAAGAAGGGGACUCGCUGCCGGGCGCCCCAGUCUAUGGAGCGGGGUAAGAUGGCGGAGGCGGAGAGCCUGGAGACAGCGGCGGAACACGAGCGGAUCCUGCGAGAGAUCGAGAGCACCGACACGGCCUGCAUCGGGCCCACGCUCAGGUCUGUCUAUGAUGGUGAGGAACAUGGACGAUUCAUGGAGAAGCUUGAAACUCGCAUCCGAAAUCAUGACCGAGAAAUUGAGAAAAUGUGCAACUUUCACUACCAGGGCUUUGUGGACUCUAUAACUGAACUGCUGAAAGUGAGAGGAGAAGCCCAGAAACUCAAAAAUCAAGUGACGGAUACUAAUAGAAAACUACAACAUGAGGGAAAGGAACUGGUAAUAGCAAUGGAAGAGCUGAAGCAGUGUCGACUACAACAGAGAAAUAUUUCUGCCACUGUUGAUAAAUUAAUGCUGUGUCUUCCAGUCCUGGAAAUGUAUAGCAAACUGAGGGACCAGAUGAAAACUAAAAGGCAUUAUCCUGCACUGAAAACUCUGGAACAUCUAGAGCAUACCUAUCUGCCUCAAGUAAGCCACUAUCGAUUCUGCAAGGUGAUGGUGGAUAACAUCCCCAAGCUUCGAGAAGAAAUUAAGGACGUCUCCAUGUCUGAUCUCAAAGACUUUCUGGAGAGUAUCCGCAAACAUUCAGACAAAAUUGGAGAGACUGCCAUGAAGCAAGCCCAACAACAAAGAAACCUGGAUAACAUCGUCUUGCAACAACAACCCAGAAUAGGUAGCAAGAGGAAAUCUAAGAAAGAUGCAUAUACAAUUUUUGAUACAGAACUAGAAAGCACCAGCCCCAAGUCUGAGCAGGAUUCAGGAAUUCUGGAUGUUGAAGAUGAAGAAGAUGAAGAGGUACCUGGGGCCCAAGAUCUGGUGGAUUUCUCCCCUGUUUAUCGAUGUCUACACAUAUAUUCUGUCCUGGGUGCCCGGGAAACGUUUGAGAACUACUACCGAAAACAGAGGCGAAAACAAGCCCGUUUGGUGCUCCAGCCUCCGUCUAACAUGCAUGAAACUUUAGAUGGCUACAGGAAGUAUUUUAAUCAAAUUGUAGGCUUUUUUGUGGUUGAAGAUCAUAUUUUACACACAACCCAGGGCUUAGUAAAUAGAGCCUACAUCGAUGAACUAUGGGAAAUGGCACUUUCCAAAACCAUAGCUGCACUCCGUACCCACUCGUCGUAUUGCUCUGAUCCAAACCUCGUGUUAGAUUUGAAGAACCUCAUUGUGCUUUUUGCUGAUACACUUCAGGUUUAUGGUUUUCCUGUAAAUCAGCUUUUUGACAUGCUGUUAGAGAUCAGAGAUCAGUAUAGUGAAACUCUGCUAAAGAAGUGGGCAGGUAUUUUCAGAAACAUACUUGAUUCUGACAACUACAGUCCUAUACCAGUAACAAGUGAAGAAAUGUACAAAAAGGUGGUAGGACAAUUCCCAUUCCAAGAUACAGAGCUGGAAAAGCAACCAUUUCCAAAAAAGUUUCCUUUCUCUGAAUUUGUGCCAAAAGUUUACAGCCAAAUUAAAGAAUUUAUCUACGCCUGUCUGAAAUUUUCAGAAGAUCUUCAUCUAAGCUCCACUGAAAUUGAUGACAUGAUUCGAAAAUCUACAAACCUCUUGCUAACCAGGACUCUGAGCAACUCUCUGCAGAAUGUCAUUAAAAGGAAGAAUAUUGGACUAACUGAGCUUGUCCAGAUUAUUAUCAAUACGACACACUUGGAGAAAUCCUGCAAGUACUUGGAAGAAUUCAUCACCAACAUCACUAAUGUGCUUCCAGAGACAGUCCAUACCAGCAAGCUCUAUGGCACCACAACUUUUAAGGAUGCCAGACAUGCAGCUGAAGAAGAGAUUUAUACCAACUUAAAUCAGAAGAUUGAUCAGUUUCUGCAGUUGGCUGACUAUGACUGGAUGACAGGAGAUUUGGGCAACAAAGCUAGUGACUAUCUAGUAGACCUCAUUGCCUUCUUACGGAGCACCUUUGCUGUAUUCACACACCUUCCUGGAAAGGUGGCUCAGACAGCGUGCAUGUCAGCUUGCAAGCAUUUAGCCACGUCCUUGAUGCAGCUUUUGCUGGAAGCUGAAGUAAGGCAGCUCACCUUGGGAGCAUUGCAGCAGUUCAACUUGGAUGUCAGAGAAUGUGAACAGUUUGCCAGAUCCGGCCCGGUGCCUGGGUUCCAGGAGGACACGCUGCAGUUGGCCUUCAUCGACUUGAGACAACUGCUGGAUCUCUUCAUCCAGUGGGAUUGGUCCACCUACCUUGCCGACUACGGUCAGCCCAACUGCAAGUACCUCCGGGUGAGCCCCGUCACGGCGCUGGCCCUGCUGGAGAAGAUAUCGAGAGAGAUGAAGGACACUAGCCGCAAGAACAACAUGUUUGCACAGUUUCGUAAAAAUGAGCGAGACAAACAGAAAUUGAUUGACACUGUGGCCAAGCAGCUCCGCGGACUCAUCGGCAGCCACCACUCGUGAAGGCCUCGCGCCCACAGAGGCCGCUGGCUCGUGGCAGCCCCGCAGCCCGGGCCCCGGCCCGGCUGGCUCUGCACUUGUGCAUUCUUCUUCAAAGAGAGAAAAUGUAUUUUUUUAAUAACCUAUGUACAGUAUUCGCAUAACCUUUCCCUGUAGCAGUAGAGGCACAAGAGUGAGCAAGCAUAUGAGAUGUUGCUGGGCUGGGACUCGGGGGAAGUUCCUGCUACACUACCUGUUUCAUCCUAGAUGUGUGGUGUCAUCCGUCCCGUUUGAGGAACCGUUCACCUGUGACUCUGGAGCUGAGGUCUGGGGCUUAGGAGCUGCACAGACAAAAUGUGUACUUGGCACGGGGAGGUCAGGUGAGCAGGCAGAAGGAUGAUCUAGUAUCUCCUGCUCACGCCUGGCUGUCCCCUUCACCACCUGGGCGGGCUGAUUCUCCUUGGCGCAGGGCGAGGGCCUGGGAAACAUGCUGUUCGGGGCACUGACCGGCACCCAGGUCUGGAGGUGCAAAUCCUGGCCACUGACUCACCAGCUGCUGAACAGCAGGGCAUGUGGCAAGGUGACAUCUUCAGUGCCCCACGGGUGGCAGUUUCUCUAGCCUAGGUCUCGCCCAGUGCUUUUGCUGCUAAUUUUCUUGUGGCCGGAUACAGCCGAGUAUGCAGUGGCAAUA